GCAUCAUCCCAUUGGCUUGUUAGUUACCGUGAGCACUAAUGGUAUGUUUCUAACCGAAUAGAUUCUGUUUCUAAGGGAUGUAUCAUGGAUUUGUCAUCUGCGGGAUGGGUGGGGAAGUUCAGAAUAACUAACUUCUUUUGAGAAGAAAAUCUGAAAUCAUGCAUGAGAGUGCCUGCCUGUAAUUCCCAUUACCAGGAAGGCUGAGGCACAAGUGUUGUCUGAGCCCAAAAAUUUGGGGCCAGUCUGUGUAGCAUGGUAAGACCUGAUCUCAAAAAAAGAAAAUAGAAAAUAGAAAAAAAUCCUGGAAAAAGUAAGAAAAGAGGGCCCAAGGAAAGCUUGGAAGAGCAUAAAGUAGACAAGGUUGUGUAGAGUGUGGAGCUUUUAGGGAAGAGAAGAAAAGGAGGAAGAAUGCAAAGAACCGGAAAGAGAGCACAAGUCUAGAGACUAGUGUCAGCAAUAGAGACACUCGCAGAGCAUUUAUCAUGCAUCCUCUUUUCUAUUCACUUUAUAUAUACUAUGUACAUGAGAACGAAGCAAGCCUUCCGUUUUAUUUCGAGAGCACUGGGGCAGAGAGAGAUGGAGGCCUUUGGAUAACACCCCUGGUAAGCGGUGGAGCUAACAGUCGUCUGGCUCCAGAUUUGGGGCUUGACCACUGUACCGUAGCUGUCGUCAGCACACCCGGGAAGUAAGCGUGUUUUGUUCGUGUCAUGUUGUGUUGACAGAAAAGGUCAAUUGGAGGAAGGAGGCUGUGGUACAGUCUACGGGAAAGAAUGAGGAGGGCCUGGUAACCAUCAAGGAUGUGUCACUGUGCUUCUCUCAGGAGGAGUGGCGGAGCCUGGAUCCCUCUCAGACAGACUUUUAUGGAGAAUACGUCAUGCAGGAAAACUGCGGGAUUGUCGUCUCUCUGAGGUUUCCGAUCCCCAAACUGGACAUGCUUUCUCAGCUAGAGGGAGGAGAAGAACAAUGGGUCCCUGACCCCCAGGACUUAGAAGGGAGGGAUAUCCUGAAGGUCACAUACACAGGAGACGGAAGUGAACAUGAGGGUGAUACUCCUGAACUAGAGGCAGAACCUCCCAGAAUGUUAUCCAGUGUAUCUGAAGAUACUGUUCCCUGGAAUCCAGGGCAGGAGCAGGGCUGGGAGUCCAUGCCCAGGGGCUCCAGGGGAAUGCUCCCAAGGUCACCCUUUCUUCAGGAAGACAGCUUCUCAAGCCUUCUGUGUAGCUCUGGGAUGGAUUCUCUCUUAAAGCCCCAUACGUGCCCGCAGUGUGGGAAACAGUUUGUAUGGGGCUCCCACCUCGCCAGGCACCAGCAAACACACACUGGAGAGAGACCCUACAGCUGCCUCAAGUGUGAGAAAAGCUUUGGGCGAAGGCAUCACCUGAUCAGGCACCAGAAAACCCAUCUACGCGACAAGCCAAGCAGGUGUUCUGAAUGUGGCAAGAAUUUUCGAUGCAACUCCCAUCUGGCCAGUCACCAGAGAGUGCACGCGGAAGGCAAGUCUUACAAGGCCCAAGAGGUUGGAGAGAGCCCUGCAGCUGGGAAACAGCAGCCUGCCCCCCCAGUGCCAAAGUGCCACGUGUGCACCGAAUGUGGGAAGGGCUUCGGCCGAAGGCACCACCUCGUGAGACACUGGCUGACCCACACCGGGGAGAAACCCUUCCACUGCCCUCGCUGUGAGAAGAGCUUUGGCCGGAAGCACCACCUGGACCGGCACCUGCUGACCCACCAGGGACAGAGUCCCGGGAGCAGCUGGGACAGAGGGACAUCUGUCUUUUGAAACCUGUGUCUUCUGUAGCUAUGGUCAAAUCUGUCAGCCGGUGCUACCAGCAGUCACUGCCAGAGCUGCCUCUCUCCAGGACCCUGGUGGCCAGAGUGUGUCUUGACAGUUCGUAUGAAAACAGAAUUCCUGGGGCA